AUGGCGAAUAACAUGUUCUCAGUUCAUGCAAAGAUGAAGCCAUUGGUUGACAAAUGUUUGAAAAUAGAAGAUGAAGACUUGGAGGUCCAGAAUAUGGCGACAGAGGUAGCAGAAGCAGAGGAGAUAAAAGAGAAGGAGGUCACCUGUGACAGCAAAAAGAAGUUAGAAGAAGAUGCAAUUAGGAGGAUGGAAGAAUUGAUUCAAAAGAAUGUUGGAGAAAGGCUAAACUCUAAAGAGACUAAAUUCGAAAUACAGAGGCGAAUAGAGGAAGAACGCAAGAAAUUGUAUGAUGAUGUUGAUGUGCAGCUUGAGAAAGUGAAAAAAGCCGCUCUUACUGCUACAAAACAAAAAGAAGAACAAGCAUGGAAAGAAAUAGAAGAGCUAGAUAAAAUGCUGAAAGAGAAUAGAAGAAUGGUAGAAAAAGCUAAGUGA